AUGGCUCCAAGACCGACACCUUACAAGCCUCUCAACAAGCAGAAGCGGCCAGCAACUGACCUGCAGGCCAAGUUUCGAAAGCAAGAGGAAAAAGAUGCGAAGGACAUGACCAAAGUACGUACACAAACUUCCAAUACUCAGGUGACGGGCAUUAGGCAAGAUGGCUCCUCAGCACUCCACGAAGACCAUGUCUACAACCUUCAUGAUCAUGAAUUAGAUGAUACGAAUGCACCUGGAUUUCCACAUGACAAUGACAACUGGGAAGACGUCGAUGAAUAUGAAGAUUUUCCGAUUAAUCAGCUUACAGAAGAGCAGCGACAAAUUAUUAGCGAACUCAACUCAAACCUGUACCAAAGUCGAAGGCUUGCAUAUGAAGCUAAAUGGGCGAGUGCUGUUCAGGCGAUGGUUGAUGCGUAUAUCAUUGCUCGAAAUCAGACUAGCAAUUGGGGAGAUGUCGUACUUUGGAAACAUGAUUUCAAAGUACAAUGUCGCGCAACUGAGCUCCGACUAUCCCGCUAUCCAGUGUCAGGUAUGCUCUCCUGGACCACGAAUGUAGAGAAGAGACUGGUAAAAGCCUCUGCUACUUUGACCGAUUUGGCCAAAUCAAAUGCCAAGUACAGCACGACAUUCUUUGAACAACAAUGGCAGCGACAGCGACACAUCCAGCUGAACUUUAUUACUGCAACUACUUGCAGACUCAAAGAACGUUUGACGGUCCUAUUGGCUCUGGAGGAAGACUUGAUUGAGGCCCGCACCGAGCUGGCCAAUUUGGAAGCAAGCACGGCCCCGUUACGUACGCAAGAGCAGCAGCAAGAGCUCCUUGACUUGCCGGGUACUCUGACUUCUUUGGAGAACCAAAUACAAAAUCUUGCUAAUGCGUUGGGAUCCCACCAAUUUCGGGAGUUAACUGGAAUGACUGACAACCGAGCCAAACCCUUGAUGUUGUUACAAAUUGCCAAGUCCAAGCUGUACCAUGCAAAGGUUGAAUGCAUCGAAAUCCGCGCUCGAGCCGAGGGAACCACGGGUCAUUCAACCAAGGUGAAAGACCUGGAACGCGACAGUAAGCUAAGCCACCUCUUCAGUACAGCGUUUGGAUCAAAAACGAAAUGGCUAAUGUCGUUCAAAGGUAUUGAUCCAGUAACUAUCUCCCUGCAAUUCGGAAUGGCCAAACGGGCAUGUAAACUUUGGAUCUCUUGGAAAUGGGGCAUUGAGGAUGUCCUGUUGCGGACAGCUGCUUAUCUUCAGCUUCCAGAUGGUUUCGAUCACGAGUUGUUAUCCAAUUGGAAUCAAUUGGUCACAUCGUGCCCUGAACAAUGGGCUCAUAUGAUUGGUAUGCCUAACGAGAUUGAUGACGAUGAUGUCGACGAGGGGUUUUUGGAUGUAGACCUCCUUGAAGAUCUGGUAGAAAACCUCCAAAUUGUAUCGUAG